AUGUCUUGCUACAGUGAGUCCUGCAGACCCUGUGAGGUGACCUGCCCUCAGCCCAUUGCCGAGAGCUACAAUGAGCCUUGUGUGCAGCAGUGUCCUGACUCCAGAGCAGUGAUCUUCCCCCCACCGGCUGUGGUGACACUCCCCGGCCCCAUACUCAGCUCUUUUCCUCAGGAGAGCACUGUGGGAUCAUCAGGCCCAGCCCUCUUGGGGAGGUCCUUCAGUUCCCAAAGCUCUGGGGGCUAUGGGGGCUCUCUGGGUGUGGGGGGCUAUGGAGGCUCCUUGGGCUAUGGGGGCUCCCGAGGUUAUGGAAGCUCCCUGGGCUUGGGAGGCUAUGGGGGCUCCUUUGGUUUAGGGCGCUAUGGAGGGUCCCUGGGCUUGGGGGGUUAUGGAGGUUCACGGGGCAAUGAGGGCUCCUUUGGUUGGGGAGGCUAUGGUAGCUCCCUGGGUUAUGGGAGCUCCCGGGGCUAUGGGAGCUCCUUUGGCUUGGGAGGCUAUGGAGGCUCACUUGGGUAUGGCCAUUCCCUAGGUUGUGGAGCUGACUUGGGCUAUGGGGGUUCCCUGGGCUAUGGUGGCCAAUAUGGGUCCAGUGGCUUUGGCAGCUGUGGGAGGUCCUACAGCUCUGGCUUCUCCUCCCGUGGCACUGGCUAUUACCUCCCAGGCACCCAGAAGCAGGGCAGGUCCCACCGUGGGAGCUGCGAGGCUUUCUAA